AUGGGCUAUCUGGACGCAUUAGAACCUUUCCGAGUAUCAUUCGUAUUCAGUUAUGCGCUGCUCCAGCGGCAAAAACUAGCUGAGCAUUUGAAUGAGCCGGCGAGUCCGCGCGUCGCUGCGACCUCGUGUCGUGCCCGUCCCGUGACUACGUCGCGUCCAUGCCGUGUGUCUCCUACGAUAAUCCCGCGUCCAUCCCGCGCACGUCCCGUGUCCGUGCCGCGACCGUCCCACGACUCACCAAUUUACAAAUAA